GCAUUUGUGAUGGAUGUAGUUCCUAGUGAUGCCGUGAAAUUUAAUCCUUACCCGCCUAUUUGGAAUGACUAUGAAACAAUUUUGAAUAGAGCAGAGCAUAGAAAGAUAGGUAUAGGUAAAGUUCCACGAUUUGAUUUCUAUGACAGGUCAAAAAAAGCCUUUGCUGUUGUAGCAACAGGGGAAAAGGCAUUAUAUGGAAACCUCAUUUUGAAGAAAGGUGUGAUAUCCGAAUCCUAAACACACAGUCAUCUUGGUGAUUAACUGUGAUUUAUUUGGAUUUCCAUGGCUAGUGAACUAUCUAAAAGUUACAAUAUAAUAUCGUGAAAUGAACCUGGUGAUGGUUUUAAGAGUAAUUUAACUACAGGUGCCAUGGCUGUCAUAAGUUUUUAGUGGGAUGUAGCCAAGUGGCUAAGAUGAUGCCUGUGUAUGGGUUAACAGUGGCGAAUCCAGGAAUUUGAAUAGAGGGGUCUAGGGCAAAUGGAGUCUAUACCCCCUCAGCAACACCAUGGUCGGGGGCUGAGGAAAGAAAAUUUAUGAUUUUUGGCACUUCUAGAUGGCCGGAAAUGGCAAUCAUAGACCCAAACUUGAUUAUAAUUUUCAUUUUUUCCUCCAUGAUUUUUAUAAUUUUGAAAUAUUUGGGGGAAACUAGGCAUUAUGUGACCCCAUGAUUAGCUUGAUAUUUAAGUGUUUCCAAAAUAAUAUCAAAUUUGUCAACCAAUAUUCUUUACAGAACAGUGCAAAGUGUACAAAAAACAUCAAUCCAUUUUGUAUGCAAGGAUGCUGCUGUGGGCAUUAAAUAAAAUGCCCAAUUAUAUAUUA